CUCAAUGUAGGAUUAAAUUAAAGGAAGUUGUUAUCUAUUGGCAGACUGUAAUGUUGUAUGUUUAUAUGUAUGUUUAUAAACCAAUCAUCGAUAAAUGAAUGGGCAAUGUAUUGAUUUAACCUACCCAAAGUUAAGCUCUGAUAAUAUCAUAGGCUUUUCUGAGUCACUCUGUUUGGAAUUCUGCUGAAAUUCACGUGUUAUAUGUGGACAUUGUAAGAACAGUUAGUUAGACAAAGUUUCUUUCAACAACAAAAAAAUAAACUAAAAUUGGAUUAAUGCAUCAAUUGUUGAAUUCAAUCUAACUGAAACCAGCAUGAUUACAUACUUGAAAAGGCGCUUUUCUUCAGGAGAUCUACAGGGGGAAUUAGCUGACAAACGUAUGCAAGAAGGACUGCCUAGUUUUCUACGAUUUGGAUCGUCUACACAGCCUGGACAAAUGCCAUAUCAGCAAUACCAACAGCCUGGUUCAUCAAAUAUUCAACCUGGCGGACAAGGGGGUGUACAAGGAUACUCAAAUCAACCACAAGAUUUUAGUUCUGCGCGUCCUGUAAACUAUGAUAUGAAACAAGGUCCACCGACAGCGGGUGUGGCUGAUCAUAUGACUGGGGUAUACGGAGGCACAGGAACAACAGCAGCAGCAGCAAUAGGCGGAUCUAAUUACUAUCAGGGACCUAUAGGUCGUGGACGUGGUGCAUAUCCAAGUGCUCCUACUUCACCAGCACGAUCUGUUGGACUUGGUGCUUCACUUAUGGGUCCAAUGGGUAGUUUAACUGGACAGAUAUCGAAUACAAUUAUGCGUGGUAUUAAUACUGCUGCUUCAACUGCUCAAAAUAUAUCUGGGAAGAUAUCGUCUAAAGAACAUCAGAAAAUACUUCUAGUGAUAGAUGAUAGUCAAACAGACUGGUGUAAAUACUUCAGAGGAAAGAAAUUAAUGGGAGACUGGGAGAUAAAAGUGGAACAAGCUCAAUUCUCUGAGAUAACAAUGACAGCCUACAGUGAUAAUGGUUGUGUUGUCAGUAUAUAUCAUGAUCAAAUACGCUCAAAGCCUUUAAGAUCAUUCAAGCCUGACUUUGUUCUGAUACGCCAACAUCCAAGUGAUUCAAAUGAAGACUGGCAGGCGAUACUUACUGGAUUAAUGUACGGCGGAACACCGAGUAUGAAUACACUGCACGCAGUUUACAACAUGAAGAAUCGACCAUGGCUUUUUGCUCAUCUACUCAUGCUCAGAAAUCGAUUGGGUAAAGAAAAUUUUCCUCUUAUAUCACAAACUUAUCAUACAAGUCAUAAAGAAAUGAUUGUAGCACCAGCAUUUCCAGUCAUUGUGAAAGUUGGACAUGGUCAUCGUGGCGAAGGCAAGGUGAAAGCUGAUACACCAUUUAUAUAUCAAGAUUUAGUUGGCCUUAUGAUUUCUGGUCAGACAUACGCUACCACGGAACCGUUUGUCGAUGCAAAUUGUGAUCUUCAUGUACAAAAAAUUGGUACUAAUUAUAAAGCAUUUAUGCGUAAGGCUAUUUCUGGAAAUUGGAAAUCAAAUACUGGGUCAGCUCUCCUGGAAAAAGUUCCAAUGAAUGAUAAAUUUAAAUUAUGGAUUGAUGAGGUGUCUCGUUUGUUUGGAGGUUUGGAUAUCUGUUCGAUUGAUGCUCUACAGUCGAAAAGUGGUGAAUAUUAUAUUUAUGAGGCUAAUGGUUCAGAUAUGACACUAUAUGGAGAUGGACAGGAAAUUGAUCGAAUGGAAAUCGCUGAAUUGGUGGUUCAACGUAUGCAAUCGCUAGUACAUUCUACUUCACUUCCGAAACCUCCAAGUUUACAGUCAAUUAGUCGAGUUGCUGAAACAGAAAGACUAUCAAGUGUAAGUAGUAUGAAUGCUCCAACAACUCCUACUGUUCCCCAACCCAAUAUCGGAGUAACUACAGCACAUUCUACCUACAUCCCACCAUCACAAUAUUCAUCAUCUCAACCGUAUACACAAACAUAUUCAUCUCAACCAAUGAAUAUUCAACAAAAUAUGCCAUCUCAAGCAAGUCAGAAAUAUACACCACCUAUUACAAGUGGUGGUGGUGGUGGUGGUAUGUCUAAUACAGGUUCACUUAUCGGAGAGCCUAUAGGAUCAGUGAGUCCAGCAUUGAAUAAGUAUUCGGAUACUAGUUAUACAACUGGUUAUGGUUCAUCUACCAGUUCACUGUCUUCAAGAGCUGAUACACCUCAACAGACUGCAUUUACCACACCAACUACAACUUCAGUUAGUCGAGCAUUCAGUACUACUAUGGAGAGUAUGGAUUCUGGAUACCGUUCAAGUGGUGGCGGAGGGGGUGGUGGUGGUGGUUCGUCUAAUCUACAAAAUACCAAUACUAAUUAUUCUUCUUCUCAACCAUGGAAUCAAGGCACUUCAUCGGGAAUAUUUAGUCCCUCUAAAUUACCGUCUAUGGAUUCAACUACAAAGCCUAAUCUGACAAAUCAAUUCUCUACUGGAUUCGAUACACCAGAACGUACAACUUCAAGCAAGUUUUUGAGUUCACCUCAACAAUCUUUUGGAUCUUCUAUAAGCUCCAGUGUUUCAGCUAGCAGCACUGAAAGACCCAGCAGUGCAUUCAGUGAAAAACCAACAAGUCAAGCGGCGACUAGUGGACCGAAUCGUCCAGAUGUUCCACCAAGACAAACUUCCCUACGUACUGGUCCAAGUACUGAGGAUACAGAUGAUACAAUGAAAAAUCUACGCAAAACAUUUGCUGGAAUUUUUGGUGAUUUAUAAGAGUAUUUAUGUUAUGUUAACAUGUCGUCUUAUUAUAACAAAUAUUACUAUUAUUAUUAUAUUAUUAUUAUUACUAUUAGCUAAAAUAGCUGUCGUAACACUGGAUUAUCUAACCGUUACACCUAAUGUCUUUUUAAUGUCAAUCUGAUCUUUCUCUCUCACUGUCCGUCCCUCUGUCUCCUAUCUUUCUCUCUCUCUCUCUCAAAUAAUGGUAUUUACUUCUUUAAAGUCGUUGUUGUUGUUUAUUCAAACACCGGAAACUUAUUUGGCGCUAAAUUCAAAAAGGACAGUUUGGUAAUUUGAUACAAUGCUACUACUUAUUUACUCCAAUAAGUUAACAUACAUAUAUACAUUAUACUUCAAGGGAUAUUACUAUUAUCAUUAAUAUUAUUGACCGAAAAUCGAUUUUUUUCCUAUCUCCCUUUUAUUUUCAACUUCGAGCUGAAUACUAUUACUACUACUAGUACUAUGCUCUACAAGCAUUUACAUUAGCUUAGGACUUAUAAUCCCAUAUAAAACACCGACCACAUAUAUGCACAUAGAACAAUCAUUUAUCCUUCCUCUGUGUCAAUUUAUUUACCACUCUUACUACUUACCGACUUCUACUUAUCCACACACACACAAACAAACAAACAAACGAACAAACAAACAGCCACACAAUACAUGUGAACUACUAUGUCUUUUCCGUUGUUUGCAUGUCUAAACUGUCCCUAUUAUUGAUUUUAUUAUUAUUAUUGAUUUUCUCAAACUAUUUAUCACAAUCUCCCUGUCCGUCUGAGUGUGUGUAUGUGCGUGCGUGCGUGAUGUUUUCGCAAUGGAUGAUGAUGAUGUUAUUGCUCAUGUUCCCCCUCGACCUAACUUUAUUUAUACUGCUUUGGGAAAAAAAAUUAAAGGAAAACGAGAAAAUUUUCUUUUGUUUCAAGAAUGUGAUACGAUUGAAUUUUGUUUUAAUUUUUGUUGUUGUUUAAAAUGAAGAAAGAAAAGAGAGAGAAAAAACAGAAAAUUUCACUUUCAAUUGAGAGGUUGUCAGGAGUAUUCAAGAAAAUGACAAUGAUGAUGAUGAGUGAUAUGAGCACCAAUGAAUUUCUUAGUUGUGAUUAACCAAUCAUAUUGUCAAGAAAAAUAAACUGAUCGAUAAGCAA